UGACCUUCGGGGGUCACAGUCGCCAUAUCGUUUGCAGACAGCUACAAGGUCAUUUUGCCGUCUUCACCAGCUUAAUCUCCAAGAUGUCCAUCACUAAGGUCCAUGCUCGCCAGAUCUUUGACAGUCGUGGCAACCCCACAGUGGAGGUAGAUGUCACCACUAGCCAUGGCCUGUUCAGGGCAGCAGUGCCCAGUGGAGCGUCAACUGGAGUCCAUGAAGCUUUGGAACUGCGUGAUAAAGACCCAAAACAAUACCAUGGAAAAGGUGUAAGCAAAGCUGUGAACAAUGUUAACAGCAUCAUUGCUCCUGCUCUGAUUGCUAAGAACCUUGAUGUCACCAACCAGACAGAGGUGGACAAGUUUAUGAUGGAACUGGAUGGCACAGAUAAUAAAUCCAAGCUCGGCGCUAAUGCCAUCCUAGGUGUUUCUCUGGCUGUGUGCAAGGCAGGUGCAGCAAAAAAGGGCGUUCCCUUGUACCGUCAUCUUGCUGAUCUUGCGGGAAACAAGAAUGUUAUCCUUCCAGUCCCAGCAUUCAAUGUCAUUAAUGGCGGAAGUCACGCUGGUAACAACCUGGCCAUGCAGGAGUUUAUGCUGCUGCCUUCAGGUGCUUCCAGCUUCUCUGAGGCUCUGCGUAUGGGCAGUGAGAUCUAUCACCAUCUCAAGAGUGUCAUCAAGAAGAAGUAUGGACAAGAUGCUUGCAAUGUUGGAGACGAGGGUGGCUUUGCACCAAACAUCCAAGAUAACAAAGAAGGUCUGGAGCUCCUGAAGACAGCCAUUGAGCUGGCUGGCUACACUGGCAAGGUGGUCAUCGGCAUGGAUGUGGCCGCCUCCGAGUUCUACAAGGAUGGGAAGUAUGAUCUGGACUUUAAGAACCCCAACUCUGACAAGAGCAAGUGGCUGACUUCGGACCAGCUGAACGCCCUGUACACAGACUUCACAACCAACUAUCCCAUUGAGUCCAUUGAGGACGCCUUUGAUCAGGAUGACUGGGCAGCCUGGGCCAAAAUGAACGCUGGCACCAACAUCCAGCUUGUUGGAGAUGAUCUGUUGGUGACUAACCCCAAGCGUAUCAAGAAAGCCAUUGAGGACAAGGCUUGUAACGCUCUAUUACUGAAGGUCAAUCAGAUUGGGUCGGUCACAGAGUCCAUUGAGGCUUGUAAGAUGUCCCAGGCUAAUGGUUGGGGCGUCAUGGUGUCACAUCGCAGUGGGGAAACAGAGGACACCUUCAUUGCUGACCUGGUAGUGGGACUUUGCGCUGGACAGAUCAAGACUGGUGCUCCAUGCCGUUCAGAGCGCUUGGCCAAGUACAACCAGUUGUUGAGAAUCGAGGAGGAACUUGGCGCCGAUGCCAAAUACGCUGGCAGGAGCUACAGAAAACCCAAUGCAUAGGCUUUCUGUAUAGUCAUCAUUGUAACAUACCUGAGAAGGACUUAAAGUACUGUGCUACUACAGUAUAUUUACAGUGUAUGAAUGUUAAUAGGAAGAACGAUUUCACUCUCUCUCCACUUGUUAUUAUCAACUCCUUAACACCCAGUUUCAUUAUAACACAUAGAACAACUUAAUUGAAGAGACAAUGUUAUCUUGAUAUUACUGUUGUUAUCAUUAUGGGGCAAAAUAUAUUUGUUAGGUAUAUGUACUGUGAGAGGAGGACCUCUGCUUCCCUCACAAGCUUUAUCAAGUUCUUAUUAUUGUAAGUUUACAUAUGAAGAUAGUCACAAGUUCAACUCUUACAGACUGGUUAAAUUUAAUAGUACCUACCGCACUCACAGACAGGUUUUAAGUGGGAAAAAAAAGAGAUAAGUGGACAAAAAAAGAGAUAAGUGGACAAAGAAAAGAACACUUGAAUAUUGGGAUGUGGUGCUUGGCUUGAGAUAGUUACGGCGUAAGACUGCUUAAUGACUUCUAUUGACCUCUAUUUACCAGUAUCUAGGUCACUGACUGAUAUUUGUAUAUCAUACAUAUAUUAAGGUCAGUGGCUUUAAUAUUUAUCAAUGUCAUUGACCUGUAUACUUGUAUCUAGGUUAUUAAACUAUUACAGCUGGUUUAGCAUAAUAAGGAUGACCUAAAUGCACUACUGUUAGUUCCAGAUCAAAUUAGCAUGAACUUCUGAUCAACAUCUGGUCAUAUGUUACUACUUUUGUCUUGGUUAUCACAAACUGAACUAUAAUCACCAGUUGAUUGGUGGACUUCAUCUUCGAGGUAAAACGGUAAAUCUUUUGGAUGUAAAGCCAAAGAAUCAACUUAAUUUGUUCUCAUUAAAAUAUGCUGUGGCUGCUAACAUUUCUCUUUACAGGUCCUUUUGUUAUUAACCAAAGACAGUUGUAACAGAGUUUGCUUUUUCCUUCCUCAUAAGUGUGUGGUAAUAUUGUUGUAGCAAGGAGAAGUUGCAUGUUCUAGUUUAUGGUGCUUUGCUGUGUUCAAAUUAAGUUUAUCUGAAGAAAAGAUUAAUUAGGCAUUUAAGCUUUAUACUUGGUGUUUAGAACCUUGCAAAUGACAUAAUCAUUUUGUUACUUUCAUACAUAUGUAGUAGAAGAAAGGACUGGCAGGUUUAGAAGAAUUGUUCCUUAGAUUGAGUUAUUAUGAUCACAGUGAUAGGAGUAUUUUAGUUACCAUUAGUAACUGUUUGUUUACAUGGGGUGCCAUGGAUUCUGUCAACAAUGCCUCACUGAAUGUUGUGCUGUGCUGUUAAAUUCCUGGAGGGAAAUGAAAAUGAAUAAAAUGUUUUUAACACAG